AUGAAAAUUUUGCUACUCAAGGACAAGAUAGGGGUUCUGCAACAAUUCACAAUGCUAUUGGAGUUGGUUUUAUUUCUUGUUGCGGCAGCAUUGUCAUGGAGAUUGUUGAGCGGGAAGUUGAGGAGAAAUUUUGUGCCUGUGCCUUCUUCCACUUCUCUAUUGCAUUCACAUGCCACAAGUUUUGGAUUUAAAGAGGUAAGCGAAGAACAGAAAAGUCAGAUGGUUGGUCAUGUCUUUGACAGUGUUGCUUCGAAGUAUGAUCUCAUGAACGAUAUCAUGAGUGCUGGAUUACAUAGGUUAUGGAAAGAUAGAUUGGCUUCCAAACUGAAUCCAUUUCCAGGAAUCAAACAUAUUGACAUGGCCGGUGGAACAGGGGAUGUUGCUUUCAGGAUCUUAGAUGCAAUAAAUAGAAUCAAAAGUUGGCCAAUGCAUCAACUCCAUGAUGAUUUGCUGGAAGAAGCUCAGAUAUAUGUCUGUGAUAUCAACCCAAACAUGUUAGAUGUUGGUAAAAAAAGGGCAAUGGAGAGAGGUUUUGGGGAAGACAAAUCUCUUCUAUGGUUGGAGGAAGAUGCAGAAGCCUUGCAUUUUGGGGAUAUUUCGAUGGAUAGUUAUACAAUUGCUUGUGGAAUUAGAAAUGUGACGCACAUGGAGAAAGCUCUAGCUGAAGCUUAUAGGGUGUUGAACCUGGGAGGAAGAUUCCUCUGCCUUGAACUGACACGCAUGGAAAUUCCUGUAAUUAAAGAAUUGUAUGAUUUUUAUUCAUUCACUGUUGUUCCAGCAGUAGGAAAGCUAGUUACAGGUGAUCGAGAUUCAUACCAGUAUUUAGUUGAGAGUAUCCGCAGUUUUCCACCGCAGGAAACAUUUGCUUCAAUGCUAGCAGAAGCAGGGUUUAAGAAGGUUGAGUUUGAAAAUUUACUUGGAGGAGUUGUCGCAAUUCAUUCUGGGUUAAAAUUAUGAAGAUUUUCUUUCACGAUUUUUCUGUGUCUGUCUCUUGCCUUUUCUCUUUAGGCUUCAUAACUGAAUAAGAGUGCUUUGGUAUAACAGUUGGUACUAGAUUUGCGAAAUGUUCUCCUUCUGGGAAUUGUAGCUAUGAAUUUUAUUCUAGUUUUAUUGGAAUUUCACUAGGAUGGGGUGGGAAACGUUUUCCUAGAUGUUAGUAUUAGCUAUGGAUUGAUGUUACAUUUCUAACUGAUGGCCAAUAUGAAAUACUAACUGAAAACCUCUUUUGAGAUGACUUGUGGUCCAAAAGCAGUGACAUAAAUGAAGAUGGCAGACUUUGCCCACAACCAUGGAGACAUAGCCCAGCAAGUAGCAAGCAGGAGAACAUGAGCUCAAAUGCUGGCUUCAAUAGCAACCUCAAAAAACCUUUUCUCAAUAUUUUCCACUACAAAAGAAAAUUGCCGUUAAGUUUGCAGGGUAAUGAAGGCUUGUGGUUCAUGCAGGGAGCUGACCACUUCUCAUGGUUUAUUUUGUUUUUUCUUUGGUACAUUUCAUCUGGUCAUGCAUGUGGAGGGUCCAAAUCAGAAGGAGAUGUGCAUGUGGUCGGACACAUGUUGCUGGGCCUCUCAUGGCUCCUUUGUUUUGCAGCAGCACAUGGAUUGGAUAAGACAAUGAGUGAGGCCUUGGAACACUCAUUUACUUUGUUAACUCUAUUGACUAUUUUACCCUUCUAUCCUUGGCUUACUGGCUCCCAAGUUCAGGGUCAGAUUGCUUAUUUAAAAUUUUCCAUUAAUUUUUU